AUUUACAAACAACGGCAGAUUGGCAAUACUCUGUUUGGCUGUAACAGAGCGAGGAAUUUUGUUGUUCAAAGUUAUUACGACUUUCUUGAGUUCAAGAAAGAAUGCCUUCUUAUUGGAAAAAUUUGAAGCUCUUUUAUGGACUUUUUCUUAUAACAUGUAGCAUUAAAUUGCUUUUUGUUUCAGCCUUGAAUUGCGAUGUAAACGGUGACUGUCAGUGCGCUACAGCCGGUCCACAAGGGACGUCCUCGUCUAUUCCUGAAAAGUUUAUAUGUGAUGGCGAGGCAGAUUGUAGUGAUGGCAGCGAUGAGCAGAGUUGUGGAAACACAGGAGAGUGCAGUGAUACUGAACACAAGUGUGGGAAUGGUCGCUGUAUCAAGAAAGAAUGGACUUGUGACAAUUACGCUGACUGUAAUGACGGGAGUGAUGAGAAACAAGCAUUGUGUAAUUUUACAACCUGCUCUUCUGAACAAUUCCGAUGUUACAAUGGGAUCUGUAUACCUCGUUUGCUACGGUGUGACAAAGAAAACGAUUGUCUGGGUGGUGAAGAUGAACACGACUGUGUUUAUCCAACCAAUUGUUCGACUGGUUUUUUCCAAUGUAAGAACAAGAAAUGUGUAAGCAAAUCACUUGUGUGUGAUGGCGAUGACGAUUGUGAUGAUAAUUCGGAUGAAGAUGACUGUGGUACAUCCUGCAGUCCCAAUUCUUUUACAUGCAAGUCUGGUAAAUGCAUUCCACAAAAUUUGAAGUGUAAUGGAAAGGAUGACUGUUUGGAUAACUCUGAUGAGGAAUCUUGCCCAGCACCAACGACAGUGAGUCCGUCUGCAGCAACGUGCUCGCCUGGUAAAUUUUUUUGCGACGGGGACUGUUAUCCAAAUUCAUGGAAAUGCGACGGUGAACAAGAUUGUACUGAUGGAGCUGAUGAGCGAGGAUGUUCCGCGAUUACGUGCUUUUCAAGUAGAGAAGAAUUAUGUGAUGAUGGCAAGUCGUGUGUUAUGAAGUACAAGUUUUGUGAUGGUAAACUUGAUUGUAAUGACGGAAGUGAUGAGAAAACAUCGAGAUGUUCGUCUACUACAACCACUACCGCACCUACAACGGUAAAAACCUGUGGGGAGAACGAGUAUCAAUGCAAGGACAUGUCGAAAUGUAUUAAUAAAACAAAGAUUUGUGAUAAGCAUCCCGAUUGUCCUGGUGGCGAUGACGAGGCAUCCUGCUUGGUGAAUGAAUGCGAGAAAAACAAUGGAAAUUGCAGCCAUAUUUGUCAUGACACUAAAACAAGCUACUAUUGUUCUUGCAAGCAUGGUUUUAAAAUGUUAAAAGACUCCAAAACAUGCCAAGAUAUCAAUGAGUGUGAAACGAUUGGGAGAUGCAGCCAAAUAUGCGUUAAUACCGAAGGUUCCUACAAAUGUUCCUGCACAGCUGGUUAUUUUUUAUUACCGAAUGGCAAAAAUUGCAUUCCUAGUUCAGGUAAGAAGGAGAAACUCGUAGUUGCUGUCGGGGUGGAUGUAAGAAGCGUCUCACAUGACGGAUCUCGAGUGAAAUGCCUGAAAAAUACAAAAAAUGUUGUUGCCGUUGCAAUACAUCAUAAGACGAACGUCAUGUUCUGGGCAGAUGAAUUCGAGAAAAAGAUUUUUAGUUCACCUCUUGGUCGUAAGGAUAACGUAGCCACGAUUGUAGCAACUGGCAGCUUUUUUAAAGAUUUGGAAAUUGAUUGGAUAACGGAAAAGCUUUACUGGCUUACAACAUCAAUACUAGGUUCUACGAUAUACGUUGCGGAGUUUAAUGGCAAAAAUAAAAUGACGAUCGCCUCUUUCCAAGGAGAUAUUCACAGUAUCGCUGUUCAUCCAGAGAAAGGGUACUUGUAUUGGACAGACACAGCUGGAAAGAUUUCUAGAGCUUACAUGAAUGGUAAAAAUAAGGAAGAUAUUGUUACGACGUCUCUUUUAUUACCGACUGGUUUGACUAUCGACUAUCCGAAUCACAAACUGUUUUGGCUUGACUCGAAAAUGCGUCAUAUUGAAUCAAGUGACUUAAAUGGAAAACAGCGUCGUCGAAUUGUGGUGUAUGAUAUCAAGCAUCCAUUUGAUAUUGCCGUCUUUGGAGAUUAUAUUUAUUGGAGUGAUUCUUUGCAGAAAACGGUUUCGUCUGCAAAUAAAUUUACUGGGAAAAAUAGGACAUUGCUUAUAAAUAACGAGAAUGUUACAAGUUUUGUUCCUAAAGGAAUUUCAAUUCAGCAUUCUUUAUCCCAACCCCAAGUUGCCAACCGGUGCACAAACAAUGGAGAAUGUAGUCACUUGUGCCUUCUUAUACCAAAUGGUUACGAAUGUGCUUGUCCUGAGAAUGGUACUCUGCUGCCUGAUCAAAAGAAUUGCAAAAUGCCAGUGAAACCGACGACAAUUCCAACCACAUCUGAGGACCGUACUACGUCAAAAGAUGAAUCAUCGACAACUAUGCCCACUAUAAAGGUCCUCGUUGGUUCACCGACCAAACCAACAGCUGAAGCUCAUAAGUCAAAGGGAACCGGUUUAAGUUCACAAAUUUUAGGCGGUAUUAUCGCUGGUGUCGUCGUCGUUUUAUUAAUUCUGGUUAUUGUGGUCAUAUAUUGUCGUAAAAAGAAUACUAAAAGAACAAUGGAAAUUCACUACAGUACAGAAGCUGGUGCUAAAAUACUGCCAGCCACUGCUGUGCCACACAAGAAGGUCGUACAUGGAGAUAAAUAUUUUCAAUGUGCAAACAAAAACUUUACCGAAUUUGAUGUCGACGAAGACGACGAGGAGGAUUUUGAUAAUUUAGGAGAGAAACAACCGGUAUUUAAAACUUUCAGAAAACAAGAUGAUGAAGAAGGUCUAAUUGGUCAGAUGGUGUGAUAAAUAGUUUGUAUCGAGUACUAAUAACUGCUUCGUGCUAAUUCAUACAAGUGGUUCUAUGAGGGCCUUGUUAGACAGAAAUCUAGUACCAACUUCCCCUUGUAUGGAUUAUGCGCUUUUAUAUCUUAAUUUUCGAACAUCAUUUUUACCAGGGUUAAAAAAUUCCCCAUCCUGUAGAAAAAGCCUCCUUCCUUCGUACAAUGCCCCUGUGUAAUAUUGCAGUUGCAGUUAAGCUUCUUGGCGCAAGCUUAAUAUGCAUUGCCCGAGUGGGAUUGUGGAAACCGGAUUGCAUCCCUUUGGUUCGACAAACUUCGCAAACUAAUUAGGCUUGCAUGGUCAGUUUCCAGUCCGGUAAAAUUCGAAUUACACUGUGGGGUCUUACUCAGUCAGCUAAGUGUAUGAAUAUAACGGCCACGAGUAAUUUUUUUGUUAGUUUAACCGUGUGUCACGUAUAUUAAUUACCCUGAUGAUUAAUAAUGUUAAUGAUAAAAAUCCCCCUCCUGCCCUGAGAAGCAUAUAAUGACAUUUUGGUGUUUGUUCACUGUACUCUUCCAAAAAAUAAAAACAAGAAAUUUAUACCAAUUAAAAUUAAGUUUAAUGUUUUAAAAUCAGUAUUUCAUAAGAUAAUUUAGUAUCGUAUUUAAAUACAAAUAACAUAUAUUUAUUAUAGAAAUACUAUUUUCUGAAAAACUUUCGGAAUUACAAUUGCAAAACAGGAAAAAUAAUAUAAAAAUGCAGUUUAUAAGUAAGAAUGUUUAUACUUGCUAUUUAUUUUGAAUGUAAAGUUAACUAAUGACUUUAAACUUUACCUGGCAGUGCAUUCUAAUUGUAUUUAGAAGAAAGAUUUUAGAUAGUGUCAUGCAGGCACAUUGCACGUUUUUCCAACGAAAAUGUUUGGUAUAUUUUUCAUUUAAAAGAACAGAAAAAAGACAGGGGCGGAUUAUUUAUAAGGAUCGUUUAUUUUCGUUAUCUUUUGUGGCCAACACUACGCUAUCUUUAUUUGCGCUGCAAUUUUUCAUGCAACCUGUCUCACAAGGCCACGGACAAGUUGCACCGUUUAACAUGCCUUGCAGUGAUCAAAAUAGUUGCGGGACAAGUUAUGCAUUGAGCGUUGUAAAAAUUAGAAUUGACUAUCGCUUAUGCAGCUUGUCUCUUAACAGCAUUGUUAGACAAGUUGCAUUGAACAAUUGCACCGUGUAAAAGCGCCUUAAUCAAGGAUCGGACAACUGAAGUUUCAAAGUUAUCAUUGCUGCAUAUGCCUGCAUGCGUGAAUGAAUAAUACGUUGUGGAUAUGAUCAAGAAUUGAUAUUACGUUAACUAAACUAACGUUUUGUAAAUAUUGUACAUAUAGAGUAAUCGACUGUGCUUGACGUUGAUAUAUCUCAAAAAAACAAAAAAAAAUUUUGAACAAAAGUAUGUUUCGACAGUUGCGACCAGUUUAUGAGCAAGGACAUUAAAUAGAGGUAUUCAGCUUCCUAGUAUGACAUUUCAAUUCAUUGACUUGUGUUUGUAUGUAGUUUAGUAUAUAGCUAUAAAAUUCCUAAAAAUAAAGUAUUUACAAAUAUCAUGUUCAUUUUUGCACCUAAUAUUUGAAUGUAAAUAGUAUAAAUAUAUAGAGAUUAUUUGGACUAUAUAUAGUUGUCUUUCGUGCAUGUUGUUCGACCGUUUCGUUCUUAUGUUGUGUUGAUAAAUAGCUUCUAUAUUUCUAUAGCUUAUAUAU